AUGAAUUUAGCUGAUUUUGGUGAAGAACAUUUAAAUGAUGGUACAUUCAAUCGUAUGCUUGAAGAUGUUGGUAUUGGUGAUGUUGGUUCAUUCUUAGAUCAAUUUCGUAAUGAAGCACAUAACGAAACUAAACGAAGUCGUCAAGUUGCAAGAGAUGAACCAGAUUAUGAUCUACCAAGAGUAGAUUCAACAUUUCAAAAUGCACAAAAAAUGUAUGCUUUGUAUAAACAAUUUGAUAGAAAUGGUGAUGGAAAAAUAACAGCUGAUGAUAUAGAAAAGUAUCUUCAACAAGCAGGUUUAGGUGGUGCUUCACCAUUCUUAGCAAAAGCAAUUUUUCAAACAGUCGAUCAAAAUCAUAAUGGUUCACUUGACUUUACUGAUUUAAUGGCUUUAGUUACUAUAUUAAAUAAAUUAUAUGGUCAAUAUGGCUAUUCUGCUCAAUAA